AAAUAAAUUCCCCUAAUCUGAAAUUAAUGUUGGGCACCUACAGUUUAUCAGUCCCCCUAUUCCUUGCCUUUGUCGCCGCCCUAUUCGAUAAACUUCUAUAACUAAGAACAAUGCUAAGUCAUACUCUUUGAACCCUCGUAUUUUUUUUUUCCAGAGAGGGCAUUUCUCUCUGGCAGGAGAGACUAUGGAAACAAUGACAGAAGCGUCUGGUAUCUGGCUCAAUAGUUCUUCGAUAUCCUAUUUGAAAUGUUCUGUUAACAAUUACCUUCCUGAAAAACCCGUCGAUGGAAAGGAUAUAAGAGCCAAAAAAAGAAUAAAGAAGAGGACAAACACGUGGAUGAUAAUAGCCAUCGUGUCAAUGGGCCUUCUUCUUGUGGUUUUCUUCGCCCUGGGAGUCACCUGCGUGCUUCUGUGGCGCCGGAAGGAUGAGGGUCAAAGAGGUACGGUGUCUGUGUGGGGGACUAAAGUCACAGGGGCAGGAAGCGGCCACAUGUUGGACGACGUGGAACCCCAGCUGGACAGACUGGAGGUCAUACGUGAAAACACAACUAUGAGUAGUAGAGUGUGGCGAAUAGAAUGCCUUUCUUUAAUUGGGAAGUUGUCUCCGCUUUCAUUGCCGUGA